CUUAUGGACACUUGUAUUCCAACUCAGCCCAGUAGCCCAACAUCCAAGCUUGUAUUUCCCACCCAACUUAGUAGCUCAGCUUCCAAGCUUGUAUUACUACAGUACUACUAUCAGUUUGGGCCACCUUGAUGACAUUUGUCUAGGCUUAUCUUACUAUUCCAGAAACUCUUACUCUGUGGCUUUUGCUCUGCGGUUGCUAACAGAACGCGCGCCAAAGCACAAAAAGAAAUUUUGCUUUCGAGUGUCUCUAAAUGUUUGGUAUUUCAUAUGGAGAGCUCUUCCUCUUGAUUGGAGCCGUUGCUGCUCUAGUUGGACAAAGGAUCUCCCUAAAACUGCAAGAACAGCUGGAAGGUUAGCAGGUCGAUCAAUUGGGUAUGUUCAGUUAGCUUGUGGCCAAUUCGAUAAUGUUAUGCAACAAUCUCAAGCUCGUCAGGUUCCCAAGGAGCUUCAAGAUACAAUGGCACAACUAGAUGCAAUUUGGCAUGAAAUAAGAAGUUUAUCUCUUAUGAAUCCUGCUCCUUUGACUAGAAGACUGAUGGAAAGUCCUCCAGAGCCUGCUUCUGAUAGUAAUGAUUUGCAUAGCCAAGCAACUGUCUAUGCUAGAUUGGCUGAAUCUGAAGCUGUUAAAGCUGGUUCAGUGAGGUGCAGUAUAGAAGAAGAAAAUCUUAAUUAUGAAUUUGAAAGUGCAAAAGGAUCAGACAUUGUGUUGGAAGCAGUAGUUGAAGCAGAGAUGGCACAUAAUGCCAAAGAUUUCUUUUCUGCCUCAAAAUCAAAUUCAGUAAAUAAGAAGACAUUCAAGUUGUUGAUUCUGGAGCCAUGUGGAGGAAGUUGGAGACUGGAGAGGAAGAGCAGAGCAUUUGGAAACAUUCAAUGAUGACGGUAACAAUAUAUUUGCCUGGGAACUGAAGUUCAUAUCUUUGAACACGAGAGUUUAUAUAUGGUUAAAAAAGUGUUCUUUUAUUUCCCUUCGCCAUGGAUGUUGAUAAGGGAAAUGACUAAUAAGAGUCAUUUGGGCAUGGGGUUCCUGUCCAAUUUGGGCACUAUCUUUGAGCGUCGGUUGCUUGGCAUGGGGUUUAAGCAAAUACCAAUUCUUUACUUCUGUUAGAACUUGUGUGUUAAGGAUUUUUCCACGCCUUGGAUAAUUCAAUCUCAUCGUCUUGUAAUUGGACGUUCAGGAAAUUUUCUGUGUCAUUUGGGCUUAGCCCAAGUGAUAAAAGUAGGAUGCGUUCCGGUAAAGAAUUUAGGUUCGCCUCUUUAAUUUUCUGUCAUUUUGGUUUAACUAAAGUGAUAAGAUUAGAAUGAGAUUUGGGUAAAGGUUUUAAAUUCGUAUGAUACUUUUUCAUAUGUGAUGA